GGCUGCGUUCAUAACCUCAAAUUCUUGGUGACCACAUUGUUUAGUUGAAUUUUGUGCUCUGUUUUUCUCCCAAAUAUCUUUGAUUUUUAGUGAUUUCUAAGUAAAAUGGGCAAGUUUAGGUCAAAAUUAAAGAGUCACAGUAAAGGAAAACGAUGGGCUCCAGGGCAUUCAGCUGUUACAAAUCCACAAAACUUUAAGCAUCGCAGCAAGGCAAAGUCGCGUUUCUUCCAGCCAAACUUGAGCCUCUCGACUCAAGAUGCUGGCAAGAGUGGAUUGACCCUGGAUGCAGUGAUGCAGCAUGAAGCCCGGCAAAUAUACGCUUCCGGACAGGCAGAUCCCACUGUAAAGGAUAUUGCCCUGAGUAUGAGGUCCGUGAGCCUCGAUGACAUGAUGACGGAGUCUGCAGGGAAGACUUUCAAGACUUUUGCCACAAACUACACAGACUGCACUAAUGCCAGCUUCAGCAAGCUUCUUAAUCGCUUCCGGACAGAUUCAAAUCAGCACAAGGACAUGCUUGCCGUCUUGGCAGCUAUUACUGAAGUGCUGAAUGAUCACAAGGGCACUCAAUCCUCCACAGAGUACUUUGUGGCUCUGCUUGAGGUGCUAGGAAAUGUGAAAGAUGACAAUCACACAGCUGCAGCUCUUUCUCUACUCUCCAUGGGCAUUAAAUCUGUGCCUCAGGCAGUGCUUCGAAAGAAAUUCUCCGAAACCGGUGAGUUACUCUUCAAUAUCAUGCAGGAGUUUAUGGAGAAGGAGAAUCAGAGUGUUUGGAGGAAUGUGAUAGGUUGCAUGUGUGUCUUACUGAGAAAUCAGGAAUAUGCUCUGUGGACUCUUUCCUCCACAAUCAAGUACUUUGAAUCUGUGUUGGGUUUUACAAUUCAUUCCCGAGCUAAGAUUCGCAAGGCUGCCCAACAUGGUAUAACUAGCAUUAUGAUGGGCAGUUGUUUUAUGGUGUUGAAUGAGGAGACUCCUGAAAAAGUUAUACGGGUGCAUCCGGGAAGUGGGAUUGUGCGAAAAUUCUGUGUGAUGCAAUUCAAAACGGAAAAAGUGGCCAAUUCUCAGACAAUUGUUCUGCAUACCCUGGGACUUCUUCAGGGAAUUAUUGGAGUGUUUAAGGAGGAAGAUGUCAAGGCAAUUUGUGAGAAUAUUUUGUCCAUAAUGACAGCUUCGAAUAUUCUUCUGAGGACAACGUGCUUUCAAACUCUUCAUGCACUCUUUGCCAGUAAAUCUGAGAAUGUUGGUGCUCAACUUACGGGAAAACUAAUUUCUGCAAUUUAUGAGUAUCGUCCUGAUCGCCUAGAUGUGCGACAGACUAUUGUGUGGGUGACGGUACUUAAGGAGGGUCUGGUGUGUCUGGCGAAGAGGGAUUUAAAUCUCUGUAGUCGGGGCCUGCCUCGUUUUGUGGACAUUUGCACAUCAGAUUUAUGGUUAAGUGAUAAAUUUGAAAUUGUCUCUGCUACAUCGAAUGCUCUCAAGGAAAUUUUAUAUGAUUGUGUUCAACCGUGCUGUGAUGCUCCUCAGCAACUAUCCAAUAAUUCAGGUUCACUCCAGAAAGUCAUCAAAUUCAUUGGAAGAGUGUUGACAGAGAGUCCUUUUGGUCAUGUGGCUAAACAGGUUUUUGUAAUCCUUAAAGUUACUUUUGAGGUUUGUGGAAGGCAUUUUGGAGACACUCUUCAGGAUAUUGUGGCCACAGUUGGACGACUCUAUGAUACAGAGAGCUCUGUCCGAGUUCAAAUUGAACACUGCCUGGUCACGGCAAUUGAGACAAUGGGUCCUGAAAGGGUUCUCCGAGCAAUUCCUCUGACUGAGGAAAAUGGAGUUGUUUCACUCAACCGCAGCUGGAUUCUUCCGCUUCUGCGUGAAUCCAUCAGACAUGCAAGGCUCAGUUUUUUCACCAAUCACAUUCUCAGUCUGGCUGAUCAGUGUCGCAACAAGUGGCGCAAGUAUGAAGAGGAGAAAAAUACACCUGUUGCACAUACUUAUGAGCUGCUCUGUUGUCAACUUUGGGGCCUAUUUCCGGGCUUCUGCCGGCAACCAGUGGAUCCGGAAAAUUUUCAAAAUGUCGCAAGGACACUAGGGAAUGUCUUGAGCAAUAAUCCUGAAUUGAGAUCACCUGUUUUGGAUGGAAUAAAAGAACUCUGUACAAAUCCAACGGAUUCCUGCAAGAAGGAACUUGAGAGAUUUGCCAAGAAUUUUAUGCCAAUUUUCUUCAAUAUUUUCACAACAAAACCCUCAACGACUUAUGAGGCUGAACAGAGGGAAUUGGCACUGGAAGUUAUUAAGGCGUACCUGGAAUUAACUCCAAAUCCUGUGAGAAUUCAGCUGUUUGAUACAGCUCUUGGGCAACUUAAUGGCAAUCCUCCGGGAAAAUUUACAGCAGAAUCUCUCUUUGCGCUCGUUAGAGUCUUGGCACUGUACAUGGAUGAGGAGAAGCUGAGUGAGCUCUAUGAUAAGUACGUGUGUCCUGUGCUGGAAAAGAAACGAAAAAAUCCAAUGGUGGUGAAGGAGGAAGAUCGCUUUGGGCAGCAACAGAAGAAAACCUACAAAUUUCUCGAGAGUAUUCUACGGAGUGAGAAUUUAGGAUGUAAGAAUUUUGUGACUAAGCGCAAAACUGAUAUCCGAAGUCUCCUUCUCUCGACUUUCACAAAAACUUCAGCACAGUGUCAGGGAUCCAGGCUGACGUGUUUGGCUGUGAUGUUUGGACACGCCAAGAAACUCACUAGUGAAUCGAUGCUGGUGAAAAAGACAAUUCCAGAACUUAUUCUGGCUUACGGAAGCUUUCACGGCACAAAAGAGACAGUAGCUGAUGAAUUGCUAAAGAUAAUCGCAGAUCUCCAUGAGAAAGACAGCAAACUAAAUGAUCUGAUUGAUUCCUUGUCAGCUGGUCUGGCUGGAGAUCAAGUUCUAAUCACAAAUACCAUCCUCGUUCUCAAAUUCCUUUUCCAACACUACGCUGGGAGUUUGAGGGUGACUACAAUUGAAUUUGUGCUUCAGCAAGUGCUGACCUACGUCACAGGGAAACAGAGGUCCAUUGUGGCAGCCUGUGUUGGUUUUCUAUUGGUAUUCGUGCGAGUUCUCCCAGUACCUUUGGUUGCCAAUCAUUUACCUGUUCUCCUCAAAAAUCUCUCAACAAUGGUCCCGGAUACCAAACGCUACUGCCGAAAGCAACUGGGUUUCCUCUACAGGCGUCUCUGUCGAAGAUUCACAGCCGAAGCAAUUAUAAAACUCGUUCCAGGAAACGAUGAAGUGACCCACAAAAGACUGAAGAAUAUCAAGAAAGAACAGGCAAGGAAGAAGCGACAGGAACAAGAUAAGAAUAAUCAGAAGGAAGAUACCGACGAGGAGGAAGAAAAUGAAAUUUUAGAAAAGAAAAUAGACACAAUUGAUGAUGUUCUCGCAGAUUCAGAUUCAGAUUUUGAUGAGGAUGAAGUUGAGGAGAAACCUCAGAGGAAAAGUAAAAAGGCCAAGGAUGCUUUUAUUAAGGAGGAUGCUGAUACAAUUGUUGAUCUGGCUGAUGUAAAUGCUAUUGGAAAAAUUACAACUUCUCGUCCGGAAAAGGAGUCGGUUCUGGUGAAAAAGCAGAAAGAUCCCAAUCGAGGGUUCAAACUGGCCACAGAUGGGCGUUUGGUGAUUGAAGAACCAAAGCGUGGUCAUGCUGAGGAGGAAGAGUCUGAAGAUGAGGCUGAGAUGGAGACAGAUAGGCCAUCAAAGAAAAAUCGCUUGAUGGAUGAUUCUAGUAGCGAUGAAGAACCAGAUCCAACUCCUAAAUCACGUAAACGGAAAGCCGAAGAUGCUCUUAGUGCAAUGUCCGGACAGACAGGAUACCGUCCUGGAGGCAUAGGAAUUCACAGAGCUUUGUCUGCGUACUCUGGAAAAUCGGGCAAAUCAUCGGCGUCGCGUGUUUCAAAGGCCUCUACAAAAGCUUCAGGAGCUACAUUUGGCCAAGAAUACAAGGCUAAGAAGGGUCGUGGAGACGUGAAGAAGAAGGGCAAGUUCGAUCCUUACGCUUACAUCCCUCUAGAUAAGAGUACCCUAAAUAAAAGGAAACGUGCUAAGAGUGCUGGGCAAUUUAAAAGUAUUGUCCAGGGAGCUAGGAAAGGAGCUGCUGCUGGAUCACGAAAUCGCCUUCUGAAGAAAGCCGGAAAGCAGAAGAAGUAAUUUAUAAGGCAAGUGAUUAUUUUUAAAAAAGUGUUAUUAUUGCAAAUCAACUUUAAUUUCUUCCUCACCUACAAUUUAUUAUUAUAUUAUAUUUCCCCGGAUGAAAUACAAAAUGUUGAUAUCGUCACAAUUGUUGAUGAA